UGCCGCGAAAGACGCUUGCGUCUCGAAAGAAAUUAAAAAUAUUGUUUAGUUUUGUUCGUUUGAUGCACAACAAAAAAUGAUCGGAGCGUUACUACUGCUAGUCAUAGGUCUAUUUGUGCCGACCCACGAGCAAUCCACGCCAAACUCGCCAUGUCCGAAUGUCUUCAUGUACGAACCAUCGGGCACCGAGCAAGGAAGGUGGUAUGGAGUCGUGAACCUGUCCACAGAUAGCACUCUACACUCCCUGUGGUUGAACGUAGUCCUGGACAGCAAGGCAGACAUUUUGGGGAACUGGGUGGGAGACGUCACAACCACAGACAACAUAGACUUCAAAAUCGAGAACACAAAAAUGAAGAUACACCCCGGCCCGGCGGUCGCAAUUCGUUUCUUUGUGCAAUACAACGUGCUCAAUAAAAUACCUAGGUUACAUGCUAUAAGGCUGAACGGCAGAGAGAUCUGUAAUGCCGACCAUCCGCAACCAGCAAUCGACAGAGUUGACUCCAUAAGGCCCGAACCAACUUCGAUCAGCAGGCCGGAAUCUGGAUCGAGACCAUCCGUGAGCAGGCCCGCGGAAUCACGACCGAACCAGCGACCAAGCGACGGAUCCUCGGACUCGAGGCCGUCUGUCAGCAGGCCGUCAGAAACCCGACCGUCGGAUUCAAGGCCAGCUCAACGACCCGGUGAAACUCAAACCAGGCCCACUAUCAUUAUUAGGCCAGAAGAUAAGCCUCAGACGAAGCCUGUCUAUGGAAGGCCGUCCGGCGACGGACCCGUGUACGUACCCACCUCUAACCGACCACUAGAACAGAGCAACGUUAACCCAUACAGCAUCGGUGGUGGCCAAGUCCCGGCACAGAGCGUAUCAGACAGGCGGACCACCACCACAGGCUACCAGCAGUUCACUCCGCGCCCAUCCUAUCCCAGCAGGCCCAAGGAUGAUGAUGACGAUGAUGACAGGGUAGAUCCGGAUGAGUACUGGUCACCAGGCCCGGCCACCUUACCUUCCAUUGGAAAUUUCGGCAGCGGUAACAAAAAGCAAUCCGAUCAGUGCGGUAUCGUGAUAAGGAAUAACGCCAAUCCCCUGGUGGUGAACGGCAGGCCUACGUUGGAAGGACAGUGGCCAUGGCAAAUAGCUCUGUACCAGAUUCAGACGGUAGACAGCAAAUAUAUCUGCGGUGGGACUCUGGUGUCCCACAAGCACGUGAUCACAGCAGCGCACUGCGUGACCCGCAAGAACUCUUCCAAGCCAGUCAACAAGAACACGCUCACCAUCUACCUCGGCAAGCAUAACCUGAGAACUUCGGUGGAAGGCGUCGAGAUCAGAUUCGUGGCGGAUAUCAGCGUUUACCCAGAGUACAACAAGACGCCAUUCGCCAGAGAUCUGAGUAUCCUCAGGAUGCGGAAGUCAGUUGAAUACACCGAGUUCGUGAGGGCGGCCUGUCUCUGGCCGGAGAACCAGAUGCCCUUGAGCAAUGUCAUCGGAAAGAAGGGUUCAGUGGUUGGCUGGGGCUUCGACGACACAGGCGUGGCGACCGAGGAGCUCUCCCUGGUGGAGAUGCCCGUGGUGGACCAGGAGACCUGCAUCCGUUCCUACAGCGCGUUCUUUGACAAGUUCACCGAUAGGGACUACACCUACUGCGCUGGGUACAGGGAUGGAACAACCGAUGAAAUAACCGGAACAAGAAAAAGUACGUCAGUCUGCAACGGCGACAGCGGCGGCGGGAUGGUAUUCGAGAUGCAAGGCACCUGGUACCUGCGCGGUCUGGUUUCACUCUCCGUGGCUAGACACAACGAGUACAGAUGCGAUCCCACGCAUUACGUCGUUUUCACAGAUCUUGCCAAAUUCUUGCCUUGGAUUAGAGAUCAUAUCAGCAGUAACCAUUAGAACGUGCUGCAUUGAAAUUAGAUUGUUAUUGAACAUCCAAUCUCGACAAGAACACACCUCCUAUAGUUUCCCAAACACACCUCUUAAAUUUUAAAAAUAAAUUUCUGUAAUUAUCAUUUGCAAACUGGCGCUUAUAUAAACUCAAAAAUAAUAAUUUAUAACAAGUACUUUAAAAUUUAGUGUUUUUAAACCUAAGUUCGAACAUUUUUAAAUUUUGAAAUUGUGCUCUUUUCAAAAUUGCAUGUUCAAUAAAUAAAGAGAUGGACCGAGUACCUACUCAUUAAUAUUGUUCUAAUCGUAAGUACUUACUCGAUAAACUCGACUCGAUGCUCGAGUAUGACUGCAAUUUAUUAAUUUAAAAAAAUAACUUUCUCCUCCUUUUUUUUUAAUAUUAAUUGAGUCAGCGAUAAUAAUUAUUUGAAAUGCAUCUACUACAUCGAAAUAUCGAAGGAUUGAAAGAACUGUGUCAAUGCCAUAACUCGGCUGGGUUCAGUUUUUGGUACUCUGUAUAACUCGGUACAUCUCUAGCAUUAAAAAGCAGGUAUCUCUUGAAAGGACAAUAUAGAUUUUGUACUUUUGCAACUUAAUUUUUAAAUUUUAUUUACGUCAGUAGGUAUGUACUUAAUUGUAAUGCAGUACAAAGAGUAGAUUAAAACCUUAUGUAGAAUAAGAAAUUAUGAGUUCAGAAAAACAAAGUAAAAUAAUCCGAAAAGAACUUGAUGGAAACCAUUUUGCUUUGUGGCCCACUGGGCUGCAAGUAACAAUUGUUACCAUGAGUAAUGUAUAAUAUCUUAGUAAUUGUGUUACAGUGAGUUUCUGACGCUUGAUUUAUAAAAAACAAGACAAGACAAGCCUCCUAAAUUAAAUCAAAAUGUCUACAAACCAACUAAUUGCGGAUCAAGAAAUCGAAUGCAUUAUUAGUUAUUAUGAAAUGUUUUGUCACAAAUGUGACCAUCUUUGUUGUACCUACAUUAUCAUCUAUAUAAUCAGUGGCUUGCACUGGGUUUCUUUCCAGGGUAGGCAUACAGUCUUAAGAAAGCCAGUAGCCAAAAGUCCUCCUCAUGUACGAGUUACAUAUCAACUUUAGGGUAGGCAGUGCUUUUGCGUUUGUACGAAUUGCACGCCACUGAUAAUAGUCUACUGUUGGACUAAAUGCCUCUCCCAACAGAAGAUUUUGCCCAUAAUCACCACGAUCGGCGGAUGGGUUGGUGAACGCAGUAAAUGCUAGUAGGUAAUAUCUCAGAGGACGCUAUUGUCCCUUCUCUGUUAUAUUCCCUCAGUCGCCACGUACGACACAAGUGGCAAGAGGUAACAUCUGUAUUACGAUCUGCCGUCACCACACAAAACGGUAGCUCAUACGUGGGCCAUUAUGAAAUAAAGAUGGCAACACUUAUUUUAAUAACUGGACGUAGUUAUACGAAUAUGUUUAAACCAAAUGGAGAUAAAGUGACUUCAUUUUAGUCUACAUAUAUGAGACUGUGCAUCAUUUUAGAGCUGUUAAAUAGGUCAGUCACUUGUGUAUAUUCUCAAUGUAGAUUCCUACCAACACAUGUACAAUAAGAGAAAUAAAAAAUGGGCCUUGCAUGUUUUCACAUAACUGAAGUGGGGCUAAUUUGUCCGCGGACUUAAUGUAAACAAACAAAAUCUUAGGUCGUUCUCAUACUGAAGGUGUAAACAACUUUUUAAGUUUUAAAAAAUUGUGAAAGAAAAUAUGUGGUUUAUCUCUAAAAUACUAAAAUAACUUAACCUAAUAAUAAAGGUUCACAACCUGGCAUUUGGCUGUUUGCAUAUUCUGGUCCACGGAUAGAUUUGCCGCACUUUGCAUUAAAUUGUGUAAAAUAAAAAAAAAUAGAACAUCUCCGUCCAAUGUACCCAUCUGUUAAUGAAAUGUGAUAAUAAUAAAAAUGUCUGUGAAUUUUACAAAUAAAACCUUUUUGAUGAAUAA